AUGGGGCUGCCAAAGACGGCCAGGAAAUUUCGCAUUUUCAAUUCCAUCCAGCGUCCAUUCUUAAUAAACAUCACCCUUGCAUUUAAAACAACCUCCACCAACGCCCUACAAGUUCUGGCAGGUGUGAUUCCUUUGCCACUUCAAGCUGAAAUUGAAGCACUGUCCUCCAAAAUUCUUCAUCUGAAGAAAUCUGCAAGUUACGAUGAUAUCAUCUUCAAUCCACAAGACUACGAGGAUACACCACGGAAAUACAUUAGACACCCGAGUAACUUUCUUCAUAACCUGCACUGCAACCUCAACAACCCUCCACCAUCUACUAAAUUCACAGCAUAUACUGAUGGAUCGAAGACAGAGGACAAAGUAGGCUGCGGAGUCACUAUAAAUUCCGGGACAAGUACCUACACUGAAUGGCAAGGUGUCCUCAAACACGAAAACAGCAUAUUUCAAGCUGAGCUUACAGCCAUUCUGAAUGCUAUCAAGCUACUUCUACCAACACAUACAGACACCAUUCAUGUGAUUACUGAUAACCAGUCAUCUAUCUGUGCUAUCAAACAACAGUUCCCAAACUCACCAAUUGCAUAUCUAAUUCAGGAUUUAAUACUCAACAGCAACAACAAAUUUAUAAUAUCAUGA